AUGGAAUGGGUCCUCCUCAACGGGACACCAGCAACGUGCAGCAACAUUGGGCUGCACAACCUGUAUCCCGGCGAGGUGGACAUGUUAAUAUCGGGACCCAAUCACGGACGCAACUCGUCGGCGGCGUUCGCGCUGAGCUCUGGCACAAUCGGGGCGGCAAUGGCUGGCGCGCUUGCCGUUCCCAUUACAGGACCAGAUGGCAAGUCGCGCACAUUUAUGCCCUCCAUUGCUCUCAGUUACGGCGUGGUAGAGCGACCUGUGCCUCCUCGCGCGCUAGAACUCGCCCAUGAGGUGGCGGUAGGCGUGUGCAAGCGCCUCUUUGACGACUGGGGCUGGGAAGACGAGUCGAAGAGGAAGCCAGUACAGGUAUACAGCGUCAACGUGCCGCUGGUCACGGAGGCCAUUGAGCGCGAAAACCGUAAGGUGUGCUUCACAACCAUGUGGCGUAACACGUACGGGCAGCUGUUUGUGCCGACGCAAAAGCCGCCACAGGAGGAGACCAACUGGAGCGCCGCCGACAAGGUGCAGCAGGCCGACGACGCCGAGAGCGUCAAGGACACGGAUGGACCGCUGCGCUUCCGCUUCGCACCCAACUUCCACCCCCUACUCCACCCCUCCCCUGACGCUGUGCCAGAGGGCACUGACGCGUGGGCGUUCUACCACGGCUACACGAGCGUAACGCCGUUGCUCGCCAACUUUGCCGAGCUGCAGGACCCCUGUCAGGGAUUCGGCGACGCGUUGAGCGGGCGGUUCUGGUAG